GCAGCACUGCCGCUUCUGUUGAACAGCUGAUUUCAGCUUGUUUCAUUUUUUUUUUUCCAUCCGACGCAGCAAUGACGACAAUUUUCUCAUCUUUGUGCCAUAAUUGAUUGCGGUUGGAGAUGUUGUGCUUUCUUAAAGGCUUAAGCUGUAGCCAUACUCGCACCCAGCUGUCAGCCGUUGCCGGCGAGAUCUACCGGGCCUUUUUCGCAGACCUAAUCACCACAGAUGGACCAAAUACGAGUACAUAUCCCGCCGCCACGGCACUGCUUCACAGAUUCGAUUUGGAGUCUAGUAACCAGAAUGUAGCCAUAGCGCCCUCGGACGAUGAUGUGUGGAUCUUCGGCUACGGGUCGCUGGUGUGGAAGGCAGACUUUCCAUACAUCGACCGCCGGCGCGGCUUUGUAUGGGGAUUCAAGAGACGCUUCUACCAGCACAGCAUCGACCACCGCGGCGUGCCGGACAGGCCGGGCCGGGUGGUGACCCUGCUGCCCGGCGACCCCACCGAAGAUCGGGUCUACGGCGUGGCCUACCGCAUUGCUGCCGCCCAAAAGAAUGCGGUGCUUGAUCACCUGGACUACCGCGAGAAGAACGGCUACGAGCGCUGCAGUCUGCAGUUUCACGAAUAUCUCUCUGCCACGGAGCCCAUCCAGGUGAUCAUGUACGUGGCCACGCAAACCAACGACUCUUAUGCCGGUGACGUGUGGCAGGUGCCGUGCAUAGCCAGGCAAAUCUUCACCGCCGCGGGACCCAGUGGCCCCAAUCGAGAUUACCUCUUUAACUUGGCCCUAGCCAUGGAUAAACUGUUUCCCGGCGCGGUUGAUGAGCACCUUACGGAGCUGGUGGUCUGUGUGAGGCGCCACAUCGAGCAGGACGAGCCCGAGCUACUGCAGCGUGCCCUGCACGAGGAGAUCACCAACAUCCUCUGCGAGUCUGUCAGGGAGGCGGUCCGGGAGGAGGAGCCCCUGGACCAUGGCGAGACUUCGCGGCGGCUGGAGGCUCUGCACCGCAGCUGUCAUAAAUCUGGCUGGCGGGAGCCGCUUCUUGACAUACAGCUGAGACGGCAGAGCUUCUUUCCAACUUUCUGACGACCCGAAGACCACUUCUAUCCCAUCAACUAGACAAUUUUUAUUUAUUAUCGUUAGAUAUUGCAUGUGUGUGUUGUUAUGUCCAUUCCAAAUGUUCUCGUAAAUACACGUCGCCAGUUAGGGCGGAAGAUCUGU